AUUUAAACGCCAACAGACCUACUAGGGUUUAUUCGUGAUACGGAGUGGGUGCAUUUCGCCGCAGCUAGAAGCUCAGGAGGAGGAAAAUGUCGCACAGGAAGUUUGAGCACCCCAGGCAUGGAUCCCUUGGGUUUCUUCCAAGGAAGCGAGCUGCUCGUCACAGAGGCAAAGUGAAGGCUUUCCCCAAGGAUGACCCAUCCAAACCCUGCAAGUUGACUGCUUUUCUUGGUUACAAGGCUGGCAUGACUCACAUUGUCAGAGAUGUCGAGAAACCCGGAUCAAAGCUUCACAAGAAGGAGACGUGCGAGGCUGUAACUAUUAUUGAGGCUCCUCCAAUGGUUGUUGUUGGAGUUGUGGGUUAUGUGAAGACACCACGUGGCCUUCGCUCUCUGAACACUGUGUGGGCUCAGCAUCUUAGUGAGGAGGUGAAGAGGAGGUUCUACAAGAACUGGUGCAAGUCCAAGAAGAAGGCUUUUGCAAAAUACUCCAAGAACUACGAAAGUGAAGAGGGAAAGAAGAGCAUUGAAUCACAGUUUGAGAAACUGAUCAAAUAUGCUACUGUCAUUCGUGUUCUGGCUCACACUCAGAUCAGGAAGAUGAAGGGACUGAAACAAAAGAAGGCACAUCUUAUGGAGAUCCAGGUGAAUGGAGGGACUAUUGCUCAGAAAGUUGAAUUUGCAAAAAGCUUCUUUGAGAAGCAGAUCCCUAUUGAUGCUGUUUUCCAGAAAGAUGAGAUGAUUGACAUCAUUGGUGUCACAAAGGGUAAAGGUUAUGAAGGUGUUGUUACUCGUUGGGGUGUAACUCGUCUUCCCCGUAAGACUCACAGGGGUCUGAGGAAGGUGGCUUGUAUUGGUGCCUGGCAUCCUGCUAGAGUCUCAUUUACAGUUGCCAGGGCUGGUCAGAAUGGAUACCACCACCGUACUGAGAUGAACAAGAAGAUUUAUAAGCUUGGGAAGGCUGGGCAGGAGUCACACACUGCUGUCACUGAGUUUGACAGGACGGAGAAAGACAUUACUCCCAUUGGUGGCUUCCCUCACUAUGGUGUGGUGAAGGAUGAUUACAUUCUGAUUAAGGGAUGCUGCGUUGGACCCAAGAAGAGGGUUGUUACUCUUCGCCAGUCCCUGCUCAAGCAGACCUCUCGUCUUGCUCUUGAGGAUAUUAAACUCAAGUUCAUCGAUACCUCUUCAAAAUUCGGGCACGGUCGCUUCCAGACAACACAGGAGAAACAGAAGUACUAUGGUCGCCUCAAGGCAUAAGUAUGAGAGAAACUGCCCAAGAGUUUUCAGCUAUCAAAUUAUUAGUCAACUUUUUAGUUUCUAUGCCAGUGACGUUCUGUUCCGAUAGUUCCGUUUUUUAUUGUUAUGCAUUUUGGUUUGAAGUGCUGAGGAUGUUAAACGAUAUGAAUUCAAUUUUGUUUUGUUGGAGGUACUUGUUGGAUAUUUAAAUGGUUAUUUCUCCAGGAUUACUUUUAA